GUGGACAUGUGGGAUCCAGGCUGCAGUCACUCCAGCCAGAAAGCUGCUCCCUCAAAGAGGGCCCACCUUCAGGUCUUCCCCUGCACCGUGUCCCAGCUGCACACUGCCGCUCAGCUCAGCAAUGACUGCUUCUCAGUCUGGGACUUUGAGCUCAACCAGGUUUCUAUUGUUGGAAUCGUGAGAGGAUUCGCUCCGUUUCUGACCAAUGUUCAGUACUUGGUGGACGACAUGACCGGUCCCCCCAUGAAUGUGAAGCUGUGGAUUACCAUGGAAGACUGUCUGCCAGCCUCAGCUUCUCCAGGCUCGUAUGUUAAGGUCAUCGGAAGCCUACGCACCCACGCUGGACAAAGGUCUCUGCUGGCCAUGAACAUCCGGUGCGUCUCAGACUUGAACGAGAUCAGCUCCCACAUGUUGGAAGUGGUGCACGCUCAUCUGCACCUCAGCAGGAAGGUCUUUGAUGUGAACAUGAACAGCACCGUGGUGCCGCGGCCUGACUGGAGCAGCGGGGUGCAUCUCCAAGCGGGUCUGUCCACGGUCCAGGACCAGGUUCUGCAUCUGAUCCGGGUGUUCUCUGUCCACGAUGAAGGCAUUGCUUUGUCUUACCUGAGAACUCAGCUGGAUCACAUCAGCAUGACAGACAUCAGGUCUUCCUUGGAGUUCCUCCUAAACGAAGGUCACAUCUUUUACACCAUUGAUGAGAAUCAUUUCAAGUCUGCAUAAGAUCGGCUCCCAGUGGAAGAUGAAGGAAACUGGUCCUGGACCAGUUCUGAAACAAAGCAAUCAAUGAUUAUUUAGCGCUUUCUGCCAGAAGCGGCCAUCUUUGUUUAGAGUUUUUCUUUGAUCCCGGUUCCUGAUCUG